CCCAGUUCUCGCUCAAAAGUAUCGCCAAUUCAAUCGUGUGUAUAUUCCUUCACAGCCUACCGCUCCAAUAAAUUCGAUCUCGACGAAACCCCGUCUCUUGCGUCAUCGUUUUGACGAAGGAUCGUGCCAAAUUGAUAAUAAUCGUCCGGAGUCACCAGAGUCGGACGUACCCGCCUCGUCGCCAUGAGAGACCUGAAGUGCCAGGCGGGCGCGGGCAACGUGGUCGCGGCCGUGGUGGCCGUGCUCGAAAAGCAAUCGAGCGUCGUCCGCGAGAUCUACGACGACGGCAGCUUCCGCGGCAAUUGCCCAAUCGAAGUUGUCGACGCCACGCAAUCGGCGGCUAAAAAUAAAGACGCCGCUUUGGAAACUGGCGCGUUUUACGGUGUCAGUAAGGAAGACGAGAGCUUCAGGUCGGCGGUCGAGGAUUUCGACAGUGUGGCCGAGGACGUGCGGAAGAAUUUCGUCAAGACUGGUUCGUUGAGGAGGAAGAAGGAGGCGCUGGAGGUUGAUGUAGGGGAGGUGGACGGUGCUUUCAGGAUCGAGAGGACCCACUCCCUCAAAUCCAUCAGAACCAACCCUUACGUCAGCAGCCAGGACUACACCAGAUCGCUGGGCAGACAACAGCAAAACCGCAACACCGACUCGGCCUCCUCCCUCUCGUCCCACUUCUCCAACUACAGCUGGACCCCUAACCCCAUCGCGGCCGGCCAUGGGUCGAGGUUCCGACCCAUGCCUUCUAGACCGGAACAGCUCGAUCUAGAUUCUCGAGAGUUUGAAGAGGAUACGAAUAUAGAACAGGAUAGUGGCUCGUACCACUUGAGACGGCACGAAGAUGCGGAUUACAGGAGGCUGUCCGGUACCGAUUCCAGUACAACGGAGGGUCUGACCAGCAGCGGCGGCAGCAGCAGCAGCAGCUCGGCCGAUUCGUCGGACAGUGAAGACGAUAGUGACGUCGCGCGCGAUCAUGUGAUGGUGAAAGGGUUGGAGACGAUAGCCGAGGAGGACAGGUUUACGCCGUGCAGUUUGAGGUCUUCCAAGAGAGAUCCGGAGGAGAAUGAAUCUUCCAGCAGCGAGGAGGCUGCAGCAGACGACACGAAGGACCGCCGCACCAUAGGAUGGUCUGAGAACGGAUCCACCGCCGGCUCGACGUCGGAUUUGUCAUCCGCCAAUUCCCUGGAGGGUGGGAAAAGUUUGAAAGACAGUUCAACGCGUUGCAACAGCGACUUCCAAUGGAUAGCUAAGGAGACCUCAGCCAACGACGCCAAACUACCCAUCAAGAUGGACGUGCAAACGCCCCCGUCUCCCACCGCCACCAAACCGCCCAUCAAUAGAGGCAACGCCCGGGAAAAGACGUCCAGGAAGGACAGGGCGCCCGGAAGCCUGGAUCGACGUAGACACCACAACCAAAACCGCCAGGACAGAGACCAAAAGUCCAGAUCCACCCACGUCAACAGCCCCUGCAGGCCGGAGGAGUUCCAGCCCUGUCAGAGCUGGUGCUGCAGCCCCCAGGACAGCCCGAGCUUCGACCAUUUCCACAGGAGACACGAAAGGAGCGAUCCCCAGAAGUACGGGAGCAACCCCAUGCUGCUGGACCAGAGGGGGAGCCACCCUGACAUCUACGGCGAUAUGAACAGGUGUAGGCAUGAUAUGAUGGGGUGUUGUUCGUAUCAUAUGGCGCCGCCACCGUGUUAUUUUUACGGGGAUAGGGGUUACAGAUGGACGCCCCCGCCGUAUUCGAAGCCUGGGGAGCAGGAUGAAAAACUUCGAAAACUUCAGUUCGAGAAGGACAACUUGCACCUGCAAGUACAAGUUUUGACGGACCAGAUAGAGGCACAGUCGUACAAGAUAUCGGAUUUGGAGAAGACGUUACAGGAUAAGAAACAUUGUCUGGUUGAGGCCGAGGAAAAACUACAGCGGGAAAUGCUGUCGAGAUCUUCGCUAGAGACCCAGAAAUUAGAGUUGAUGAGCAUCAUAAGCGACCUGAAACUUCAACAAGCAGCUGUGGAACGUGAAAAUAUGGAGCUACGUAACAAUCUACAUAUGAACAACAACGGAGACCUCAAGAAACCUGCCCUGUUACCUCGAAAUCCACAACCUCAGGCAGCUCUAACACCUUCACAGCAUUCUAACAGCGGCCAGGGUAACAGCUUGAGAGUGUCGCCGUCUCCUAGUCCAAUUUCCAGUUUGAACUCUACAAGGAGAUCGGACACAAAUUAUUCCUUGCAAGAUGUCCAACCUCCAAAGACUCCCCCAUCCAGCUACAAAAGGCAGAUAGACAUCCACUAUGCCAGCUUACCUAGGCAGCAGUUUUUGAGCAACGGAGGCGCAAUAUCAUCGUCGGUGGACUUCAACGCAAAUCCCUCGAUGAAUGGAGGCAAAAAGGCUGUUGCCUUCGGUAGGGGAUUUAGCAAUCUGAUUGGGGUCAGGUCGAAGGGAUAUUCUGUGCCGAAUCUAGCCCAAACGGAAAAAGGAAGCGAGGAGACUAACGGCGAUGCCUCCCAACUCCAAAUCGGCAAGAGCAAGGGGAUCAAGAAAAUUUUCGGAAAGAUCAAGCGGUCCGGAUCUGGAAAUCUAGAAGACCUCCCUGGAGUCGGCGAGUUCCAGAGAGGUGGCGUACGCGCCACCGCAGCUGCCAGACUGGGAUGGAGCGAACCGCAGUUGACUCAGAAACCAGACAAACCGUUUAGCGAAUGGGACACGGAGAACAUAUGCGAUUGGCUCCAAGACCUCGGUCUGGACCAGUACAUACCAGAGGCCAGGAAAUGGGUCAAGAACGGGCAGCAGCUCCAAGAGUGCGCCAUAGCCGAGAUAGAAAAGGAACUCAACAUCAAGAACUCGCUGCACAAGAAGAAACUUCAACUGGCCCUUAUCGACGCCGAAGAAAACGGAUCCAGCGAUCCCUACCUGAGGAAGGCUGGCGAACUGGAUACCGCCUGGGUUCUGAGAUGGUUGGACGACGUGGGGUUGCCGCAGCACAAGGAGAGCUUCCUGAUCAACCGGGUGGACGGCAGGGUUCUUCACAGGUUAACGGUCGACGAUUUGGGGGUGUUACAUGUCACCUCCCUGCUGCACGUGGCCAGUAUCAAGAGAGGCAUUCAGGUUCUCAGGGAGAACGAAUACAGCGCAGCUUGUUUGAAGAGGAGGUCGGCCCCUGAUGAGGGACCGCCGACGCCGAAACAGGUCUCGCUUUGGACGACACACAGAGUUAUGGAAUGGCUUCGAGCAGUUGACUUGGCGGAGUACGCGCCGAAUUUGAGGGGUGCCGGUGUACACGGAGGUCUGAUCGUCCACGAAACGAAAUUCACGGCCGAAUUGCUGGCCUCGCUUCUGUCGAUACCGCCCGGUAAGACUUUGCUGAGGAGGCAUCUGAACACGCAUUUCAAAGAACUGCUGGGAAGGGACAUCAUCCAGGAGAAAAGGGAGGCGCAAUCGACGAUGGGGUACAUUCCCUUAACCCCAACUGCUAAAUUAAAGUCUACGAAGAAGUCACAAUUUUCCUUGAAAAGGAAAAAGAGCAAAGGUGAAGCUGAUUAUGGUGACUUGGUGUGUCCGCUGAAUCCAGAAAAACAAUCAGGUGAAAUGAAUGGCUCUGCUCUUAACAGCUCUAUGGGUAUGAGGAGGAUAAACCAAGAGGAAGAGGAUGUUUAUCAUCUCGCUGACAAAGGUGCUAAAUCCUUACCAGCAUCUGUUACCAAUUCGCCAAUUCCUUUCAGGAAUGCCAAACAAUGAGAGGUAGACUGACACUAGAGGAACAAUAAAUAUUGACCUGACGAUCAAUAAUUGUACGUAAAAUUCAUCUUUUCAAUCAUCGUUUCAUUGAAAUUGAUAAGUCUCGCUUCCUGUGAAACAACGACACCGAUUAUAUUUAUUAUCGAAGAAUUAAUUUCGAAUUUACUUCGUUUGCUUUGCAUCCAUUGAAAAAAUAUUUAAUUUCAAAAUUAUAUUCAACUAACUAUAAAGAUUAAAUUGUGCCAAAGGACAAUCUUAAGAGGAUCAUUCAGUAUUAAUGAUACACUAAAUGAAAACCUGUACGUUCUUUUAAAAAGAAAUACUUGGAAAAACCUUCUGUGCAGUUUUCUGAAAUUCGAUUCUUAGAUGUACCUCAUUUCUUCGAGAAAUAUGGACUUCAUCUCAAGAAAUAAAAUAAAU